AUGCUCCUUACAUUGGAGGUCAGUAGGAAAAAUGUCCCUUAAAUUGGAGGUCAGUGGGAAGAAUGCUCCUUACAUUGGAGUUCAGGGGGAAGAAUUUCCCUUACACUGGAGGUCAAAGGAAGAAUGUCCCUUACAUUGGAGGCCAUUGGGAAGAAUGCCCCCUUACAUUGGUGAUCAAGUGGGAAGAAUGUCCCUUACAUUGGAGGUCAAUAGGAAGAAUGCCCCUUACAUUGGAGGUCAAUAGGAAGAAUGCCCCUUACAUUGGAGGUCAGUAGGAAGAAUGCCCCUUAUAUUGGAGGUCAGUAGGAAGAACGCUCCUUACAUUGGAGGUCAGUAGGAAAAACGCUCCUUACAUUGGAGGUCAUUGGGAAGAACGCUCCUUACAUUGGAGGUUGGUAGGAAGAACGCUCCUUACAUUGGUGAUUAGUGAGUAGAAUGCCCCUUACAUUGGUAGUCAGUGGGAAGAACACUCCUUACAUUAGAGUUCAGUGGGAAGAA